AUGCAUUUGUACAACUUGACGCUCCAACCGCCGACGGCCAACAUCCAGGCAAUCGUUGGCAAUUUCUCCGGCGUUCGACAACAAGAAAUUAUCGUUUCGCAUGGGACUCGUCUGGAGCUUCUUCGACCCGACCCCCAGACUGGCAAAGUCUCGACGGUGAUCUCGACGGAUGCGUUUGGGUCGGUGCGGUCGUUGGCCGCGUUUCGGUUGACGGGUGGAACCAAGGAUUAUGCCAUCCUAGGGUCGGAUUCAGGACGUAUCGUUAUCCUGGACUAUGACCCAAAGACGACCAGCUUUGUCAAACUUCACCAAGAAACCUUUGGAAAGUCGGGAGCGAGGCGGAUAGUUCCUGGCCAGUACCUUGCGACGGACCCUAAAGGUCGUGCCGUUAUGAUUGGCGCUAUGGAGAAGGCCAAGCUGGUUUAUAUUCUUAACCGUGACGCCGCUGCCAACCUCACGAUUUCGUCCCCACUCGAGGCGCACAAGAAUUCAGCGAUCAUUCACCAUAUUGUCGGCGUCGACGUUGGAUUCGAAAACCCUUUGUUCGCGGCGUUGGAGGUGGACUAUUCAGAGUCGGACCAAGAUCCAACUGGAGAGGCGUUUAACAACGCAGAGAAGAUGCUCACAUAUUACGAGCUCGAUCUCGGUCUGAACCACGUUGUUCGAAAAUGGAGCGAACCUACCGACCCACGAGCAAACCUUCUCGUCCAGGUCCCGGGAGGUCAACUGGCCUCAUCCGACCGAUACGACGGCCCUUCAGGUGUUCUCGUUUGUUGUGAGGACCACAUCAUUUAUCGACAUAUGGACGCGCCCCAGCAUCGCGUGCCCAUCCCCCGCCGACGACACCCACUAGAGGAUCCCGAGCGCGGUGUUAUCAUCACGGCCGCAGUCAUGCACAAAAUGAAAGGCGCUUUCUUCUUCCUUCUCCAGAACGAGGAUGGCGACCUCUUCAAGGUUACGAUUGAACACGAAGAGGAAGAUGUGAAGGCUUUGAAGAUCAAGUACUUCGAUACUGUCCCAGUGGCUUCCAGUCUUUGCAUCCUCAAAUCCGGUUUCCUUUUCGUCGCAAGCGAGUUCGGCAACCACCACCUCUAUCAAUUCCAGAAAUUGGGUGAUGACGAUGACGAACCAGAAGUCACAUCCACUUCAUACCCCUCCUUUGGUAUGGCUGAUCCUACAGCCGCCCUUCCUCGCGCCUACUUCAAACCUCGUCCCCUUGACAAUCUCGCCCUCGCCGAUGAACUCGAAUCACUGGACCCCAUUCUCGAUUCCAAGGUUCUGAACCUCCUCCCUAAUUCUGAUGCACCUCAAAUCUUUGCCGCCUGCGGUCGCGGCGCACGCAGUACCCUGCGCACACUCCGCCAUGGCCUGGAAGUCGAGGAGUCUGUUAGUUCCGAGCUCCCUGGUAUUCCAAACGCUGUUUGGACAACCAAGAAGACUGAAGAAGACCCUUACGACUCCUAUAUCAUCCUAUCCUUCGUCAACGGUACCCUUGUCUUGUCCAUAGGAGAAACGAUCGAAGAAGUCCAAGACACCGGUUUCCUGUCCUCCUCGCCCACCAUCGCGGUUCAACAAAUCGGCGCCGACGCUCUCCUCCAAGUCCACCCGCACGGUAUUCGACACGUCCUAGCCGACCGACGAGUCAACGAAUGGCGCGUUCCCCAAGGCAAGACGAUCGUCACCGCCACCACCAACAAGCGACAGGUGGUUGUUGCCCUCAGUUCUGCGGAGUUAGUAUACUUUGAAUUGGACUUGGAUGGCCAGCUUAACGAGUACCAAGAUCGAAAGGCCAUGGGCAGCACGGUGCUUGCUCUGAGCAUUGGCGAGGUUCCCGAAGGUCGACAGCGGACACCAUAUCUCGCUGUUGGUUGCGAAGACCAAACUGUGCGAAUCAUCUCUUUGGACCCUGAAACGACGCUUGAAACACUCAGUUUGCAAGCGUUGACUGCACCACCUUCUUCGAUCUGCAUCGCCGAUAUGCUCGAUGCUAGUAUCAACAAGUCACAGCCCACGAUGUUUGUGAACAUUGGUCUGCAGAAUGGUGUUCUUUUGCGUACUGUGUUGGAUCCUAUCAACGGCCAACUAACGGACACGCGAACUCGAUUCCUCGGUACACGCCCGAUCAAGCUCAUUCGAGUGCCCGUCCACAAGAACCCCGCCAUCCUAGCUCUCUCAUCUCGUUCGUGGAUCAACUACACGCACCAGAACAUGAUGCACUUCACCCCUUUGAUUUAUGACAACCUUGAUUAUGCGUGGAGUUUCUCGGCUGAGUUGAGUCCGGAGGGAUUGAUUGGAAUUGCUGGGAAUGUUCUUCGGAUAUUCACGAUUCCUAAGUUGGGCUCGAAGUUGAAGCAGGAUACUUUGCCGUUGUCGUAUACCCCUCGCAAACUGAUCACCCAUCCCGAGAACAACUACUUCUACUUGAUCGAGAGUGAUCAUAGGGUGUAUAGUGAAGAGGCUACGAAGGCGAAGCUGGAUGAGCUGCAAAAGAAAGGCAAGAAGAUUGAUGAAGAAAUCAUCAGCCUUCCACCUUCCGAGUUCGGGCGACCAAAAGCACCUGCUGGUACUUGGGCUUCCAACAUCCGCAUCAUCGACCCCGUGGAGAACAAGACUGUCGCGGUCUUCCCCCUCGAUAACAACGAAGCUGCGUUCUCCAUUGCGAUUGUACCCUUUUCGGCACGGAAUGGGGAACUCCAUCUGGUGGUUGGGACGGCGAAGGACACGACUGUGUCGCCUAGGACGUGUGAGAGUGGGUUCUUGAGAACGUACAAGUUUACGGAAAAUGGAACUGGUUUGGAGUUGCUGCACAAGACCGAGACGGACGAUGUUCCCAUGGCGUUGCUGGCUUUCCAGGGCCGUUUGGCUGCUGGUGUUGGCAAGGCUUUGAGGAUUUAUGAUAUUGGAAAGAAGAAGCUGCUUCGAAAGGUGGAGAACAAAUCGUUUACGACAGCAAUUGUGACGUUGACUACUCAAGGUUCAAGAAUCCUCGUCGGUGACAUGCAAGAAUCCGUACAAUAUGUGGUCUACAAGCAACCCGAAAACCGACUGCUGACCUUUGCUGAUGACACCCAACCACGGUGGGUCACCGCGAUUACCAUGGUCGACUACAACACCAUCGUCGCCGGCGACAGGUUCGGCAACAUCUUCGUGAACCGUCUCGACUCCAAGGUGUCCGACCAAGUUGACGAGGAUCCUACUGGUGCCGGUAUCCUCCACGAGAAACCCAUCCUCAUGGGUGCGCCGCACAAGACGAAGAUGAUUGCGCAUUUCCAUGUGGGGGAUAUCAUUACUUCGUUGCACAAGGUGUCGCUGGUGGCUGGUGGACGGGAAGUGAUCGUCUAUACCGGUCUGCACGGGACGAUCGGUAUUCUCAUGCCGUUCAUCUCGAAAGAGGACGUGGACUUUAUUUCUACCCUCGAGCAGCACAUGCGGACUGAGCAGCCUAGUCUAGUUGGACGCGACCAACUUGCUUAUAGGGGCUACUACGUCCCUGUUAAAGCGGUUGUUGAUGGGGAUUUGUGCGAGACUUAUGCACAUCUUCCUGCUUCCAAGCAGAGCUCUAUUGCGAACGAGUUGGACCGGACGGUUGGAGAGGUCCUUAAAAAGCUGGAGCAGAUGCGUGUUACGUCGAGUGGUUUCUAG